AUGGCUCGACCAGCUGUGCAAGAUGAUGAAGACGAGUUUGGCUGGGAUCUAUCGCUAGAGGACGAAUUGCUCCUUUCCAACAUUGCAGACCACGCUCAAGACCCUGCGCGACGCCCCCGCUCUUCUAGCGCCGGCUCUGAGACAACCAUCACCACUAUAACAACCGUCGACCAGCGCGCCACGGCAAAGAGGCUGCUUCCCGCGCGGACCUCAAAAACCGUCCCUAACCUCCAGGCCGACAUCACAGCCGCGUUCCCCGCAAGUCCCUGGACCGAAGCCAUCGAUAUUGACAGCGUCGCCGACACAGCCUCAAUCGGGCCAAGGCUCGGCUAUGACGAUGGCGCGCAAACUUCACGCUUCGGCGGGUUUAAUGGCCAGAGACGUGUCAACUCUGGCUCUAUCGUCUCGAACAUUUCUGACCAAAGCGCCGAAUUUGCAUCCGGCAAGCCGGCGGACGUACGCUACCCCGAUUUGAGCGUUCCACUUUCGGCUAUCAAAUCUGCUCCAAACCCCGAUAUUGAAGAUUUGCCCCAAUCAUCUUCCUCCAAUAACCAGGCGGCACAGCCGCUCAAGUCCCCACUCGCUCGCUUCCGAACCUUUCCCAGAAAACCGCUGUCCGUCACGGACUUUUCGUCGCUGGUAUGGUGCGAACAGCAGCACGAGUACACCCUGACGCGGCUCGGAGGGCGCAAGCCCAGGACGGCCGCCAUGAAGGGCGGCACCAAGAUACACGAGCAGCUCGAGCGCGAGGUGUACCGGACGGUGCGCGUCGAGGUCAUGACCAAGGAGGACGCGUUUGGGCUCAAGAUCUGGAACAUCAUACAAGGGCUGCGCACGCUGCGCGACGACGGCCUGACGCGCGAGCUGGAAGUGUGGGGUCUGGUGGAUGGUCAUGUUGUCAAUGGCUUGAUCGACGGCCUCAGUGUUCAGCAUCCAGAUCCUCAGUUUGAGGAGGAGCUUUUGAGUCAGUCUGGGAGCCAGGAGGAGGCGGCUAAGUUGAGUGAGAAACACAAGAUUACCGACUUUUUCAGUGGUGUGAAUCCUUCGCAGGAUCUGAGAGGGCCGGCUCGCAAGGUCUGGCUUUUUGAUGUCAAGACCAGAGGGCAUUGGUCUCUUCCCAGCAAGGUUCACUUGCGUCCCGCGAUGAUACAGCUAUAUCUCUACCACCGGUUCUUGGCGGAUAUGGCUGCGGGCAGACUUGAUUAUCUGCACGUUUACCGAAGAUAUGGUCUCGACCCUGAUUUACCAUUCUCCGACCUGUUCCUGGCUCAGAUCGGAUCUUUGCAUGACGAAGUGUUUCAGGAUUCGACUUCAACGCCGCAAUCCCCGGAUUCUGCAUCACAAGAUAGUGACUAUUCGAGUGGAACAGAGGACACGACCACGGCAGCCUCAGCCCGAUCCUCUAUGCCUGCUGAUGAGCGACUUCGCUAUCGAUCCCUGAGGCAACUCAUUCCACUACUCAAGAACGAACUCAAGCAGACGUUUCCCAGGGGCGAAGCUUCCCUCGGCCAAGUGGUAUCAAUCGAAUACCGGUACAGGGGUUUGCCGAAGCGAAAGAAGGAGAUCGAUAUUGACUUGAGCAUGGAAGACGAGGAAGACUCUGAUGUGGGUGCCCUUAUCGGCCAUCACAAUUUCAAUGUUGCCGAUGAGAACCUGCCGUCUUGCCUGGAAGACCACAUGGAGUGGUGGCGUGGCGAGAGGCCGGCUAAUGGAGUCCCCGUCGAGGAGGCCGACAAAUGCCGCUAUUGCCAAUUUGCCGACAUUUGCGAGUGGCGGGCUGAGAAUCACCUGAAGUUGCUCGAGGAAAGCCGGCAGCGGAAGGCAAGGACCGCCGAUUCUGCACAAAAGGGCAAAUGGAGAAAGUAUGCAUAA